AUGGCCAAACGAAACGUGGACUUUGAAAACAGGGAUUUUCAAAACAGGUGGGAGGCAGAGUACCUGUUCGUUGACAUUGGAGGUAAACCUUUGUGUCUUGUUUGUGGAACUAAUGUGGUCGUAAUUAAAGAAUAUAACAUAAGGCGGCAUUAUGAGACAAAACAUCAGGACAAGUACAAAAACCUGGACAUACAGCAGAAGCUAGAGAAGGCAGAAGAGUUUAAAAAGAGUCUGGUGUUACAACAAGCUAUGUUCACAAAAGCAAAAUCACAAAGUGAAGCUGCCGUGAAAGCUAGUUUUGUAGUGGCAGAAGAGAUAGCCAAAUCAGCCCGGCCUUUUACAGAGGGAAAGUUUUUGAAGCACUGCAUGAUUAAAGUGUGCGAUGUUUUGUGUCCAGAUAAAAAGCAAGCAUUUUCAAACAUAAGUCUCAGCAAAAAUACGCUUGCUGAUCGGAUAUGUGAGCUUGCCACUGAUUUACAAGCACAGCUGAUAGAAAAGGGAAAAUACUUUAUUGCAUAUUCCCUUGCUGUGAAUGAAAGCACCGACACGACUGACACUGCACAGCUGGCAAUCUUCAUCCGUGGAGUGGACUCCAGUUUAUGUGUUACAGAGGAACUUUUGGGUAUUAUACCAAUGCACGACACAACCACAGGAAAAGACAUAUUUGAAAAAGUAUCUAAAUGUAUGAAUGACAUGAAACUGCCCUGGGACAAACUUACGGGACUGACGACAGAUGGAGCGCCUGCAACGUGCUGGGAAAAGAGUGGAUUGGUGGGAUGGAUGCAAGAGAAGAUGCAGAGGGAGAACUGCACAGGUGAGCUGACAGUGUAUCACUGCAUCAUACACCAGGAAAUGCUGUGCAGCAAAGUCCUGAAGAUGGAACAUGUCAUAAGCACCAUAACACAAACAGUUAACUUUAUAAGAGGCAAAGAUUUAAAUCACUGGCAGUUUCAGUCUUUCCUGGAGAAAAUACAUUCUGAAUUUGGUGACAUGCCUUAUCACACAGAGGUGCGAUGGCGGAGUCGAGAAAAAGUGCUCAGCAGAUUUUUCGAGCUGUAUGAGGAAAUUUGUCAGUUCAUGGAAUGUAAAGGAAAAGACUCAACAGGGCUCCAGAAUGAAAAGUGGCUGUGUGAGUUGGCCUUUCUGUGCGACAUAACGAAGCAUCUUAAUGCAUUAAACCUCCAGCUUCAGGGACGGGACCGUGUGAUUACAGACAUGUAUGACGCAGUGAAAGCUUUUCAAGUCAAGUUGCACCUGUGGGAGAUGCAGAUGCAAAAAGGGAACUUAUGCCACUUUCGAUGUUGCCAAAAAAUCACAGACCAGGUCUCCACCGCUAUGUUUCCUGCAUUUUUUGCUGAUAAACUGAACACACUGCGCACUGAGUUUACACGGCGCUUUGCCAACUUUGAAGCGCAGAAAUGUAACUUUGACCUGCUCAGAAGUCCAUUUGCAGUUGACGUGGAGAAAGCUCCAGCAAAUAUCCAGAUGGAACUGAUAGAACUCCAGUGUAACGGCACAUUUAGGGCAAAGUAUGACUCUGUGGGUUCUGCACAGUUCCCCCAGUUCAUUCCUGACAUGAUGCCCCAACUCCACCUACACGGUGCUCGAAUGCUCUGCAUGUUUGGUAGUACAUACCUGCGUGAGCAACUUUACUCUGUGAUAAAGAUGAACAAAACCACACAAAGAAGUCAUCUCACUGAUGCACAUCUCCACUCCAUCCUGAGAGUUUCCACAGCUCAGAGCCUAACCCCAAACAUAAAUGAACUUGCAGCCAAGAAAAGAUGCCAAGCAUCUGGCUCAGAGAAAUGA